AUGGAGAGCAAUAAGGAUGAGGCAAUCAAGUGCCUCUCAAUCGCCCAGAGGCGCAGAGACUCAGGCGACCUCGCUGCCGCCCGCCGUUUCUGCCAAAAGUCACUCGCUCUCUUCUCGACACCAGAGGCUGAAAAGCUACUCGGACUAAUCGAUGCGGAGGCAGCUUCAGGCGAGCAAUCGUCGUCCGCAUCCUCAAGUGCCGGGUCCAGCUCGACUGGGCCAUUCACAUCGUCCACGGAGGCACACCCCUCUGCGUCGGGGGCGCGACAGCGACACGCAGGAACAACCUCCAGCUCCAAUGGGACCGGUGCUCCAAAUUCGGGUGCAGAUCAGAAGAAGAGAGAAUACACGCCUCAACAAGCAGCGGUGGUCAAACGAGUGCGUGCGUGUAAAGUCACGGAGUACUACGAAAUCUUGGCUGUGAAGAAGGAGUGCGAGGAAGCUGAGGUCAAGAAGGCCUAUCGUAAGCUGGCAUUGUCGUUACACCCCGACAAGAAUGGUGCUCCAGGAGCCGAUGAGGCUUUUAAGAUGGUUUCCAAGGCUUUUCAAGUUCUGUCAGAUCCCCAGAAGCGGGCUGCAUAUGAUCGUCAUGGCUCAGAUCCAGAGUCACGCUUCAGCGGCGCGCCAUCCUCGGGUUUCGCGUCGUCUGGAUUCGCAAGUAAUGGCUUCGGUGGUGGUGGUGGGUUUGAGGGGGAGCUCAGCCCGGAAGAUCUAUUCAACAUGUUCUUUGGGGGAGGAAUGGGCGGAGGAUCCUUCGGCGGAGGACCAGUCUUCACCGCGUCAUUUGGACCUGGCGGCUUCCAAAGAACACGAAUGCGCACAACGAGACCUACAGGCCAAGAACAGGCGGCUGAGCCACGUUCGAUGUUCAUGCAGUUUUUGCCCCUCAUCAUUCUAUUCGCCUUUUCCUUCCUCAACAUUGUUCCCACUCUCUUUUCUCCCUCGCAGAUACCUGAUCCACGUUUUUCCUUCACACCCUCAAACCGUUACAACGUUGAACGGCAAACAGACGGACUCCAUGUCAAGUAUCACGUCAACGGGGCCGAGUUCUCAGGACAUCGCAUUGCGGCAGAACUAGCGCGCAACGGGAACAAACCGGGUCCCGAACUCAGCAGAUUUGAGAAGACAGUAGAGCAGGUAUUCAAAGAGGACCUCUACCGACAGUGCCAACGCGGGCUCGAGAAAAAGGAGCGGAUACGGGACCAGGAAGUCGGUCUUUUUGGUCUCGGAACAGACUGGGAGAAGGUGAAGCGGAUAGAGGCGGAGCCUGUGGAAAGUUGCGACAGGCUGAGGGAGAUGGGACUCAUCAGAUGA